AUGCCUGACACUUUGGUGACUUUCAGCGACAUGGUGCAAAACUUAGUGGUGACAGUGAAGUCCUUGAAGCAAGAUCAUUAUCUGUUCAACCCCCAACUGAUGGAAGAAUUGACUGAUAAGCUAUCCACCAACAUGAAACUUAAUUGGGGAAUGCACGUCACAUCACCACAGUCUCAAAUAAAACAUCCUGUCGGCCUGGACACUUUUUCAAUGUGGCUUUCUUCUAUGGCAGAUGCAGCAACUAUAUGUGCUCCUAGUACAUCAUCUUUACCUGGAAACUACAAAAGUGCAACAAGUGGGAAUUCAAACCAAAGAAACUACGUUUUUAUCCAAGAAGAAAGUGACAAAAGACCUGGAAAGCGGAUGUGUCUUUGCUGUAAGAAAAAAGAACAUUGUUUGGAAAACUGCAAGCAGUUCUUAGAAUAUGAUGUGAACAAGAGAUGGGACACAGUCAAGAGCUGCGGUGUGUGUUUCAAUUGCCUGAAAACGAAGCACCGAGCAGCAAAGUGCUGUAAAAGGGUUGCCUGUGGAGUGAACGGUUGUACCUACUCUCACCACAAACUGUUGCACUGUCUCACAAAGAAAGAAGAUGAGAACACAAAAAAUCCUGAACCAACUGAAGUACAAACAGAGCACGUAGGGUACCAAGAGGAAACAAUAGCAAGGGUUCUCUUAAGAGUUCUCUCUGUGACUUUGGUGGGGAGAAAUGGAGUGAAAAUUGACACGUUUGCACUUAUUGAUGAUGGUUCUACCGUUUCCAUAAUUGAAAAAGAUUUGGCAGAAGAACUUGGAAUUGAAGGUCCUGAAAAACCUGUAUCGUUUUCAUGGACAGAUGGGUCUGUUUACACUGAAGAGCAGUCUCAAACCAUAUCAGUGACAGUUCUUGGAGAAACAGGAGAAGAGUUAUUACUGGACAAUGUGAGGACAUUGAGAGAGUUGCAGCUACCAACACAAUCAAUUAGCAUGGAGAAAAUGAAAAGAAAAUGGUCGCAUCUACAAGACAUCCCAGAGGAAGUUUUCAGACGUGGUCGGCCAAGACUCCUCAUUGGACAUGAGCACAUCCACCUGACAGUUCCUCUGCAAGUUGUGAUCGGGCCUGCCAAUGCACCUAUUGCACUGAAGUCAAAAUUGGGAUGGACAAUUAAUGGCCCCACUGGAAAAAACAUUUACCAAACUCGAGUCGAUAAGGAAUUUGUGAUGUUUAAAAGCGAGAUAAGCUCAGAGAUGGAAGAGCUUAAUUCCAUAGUCAAAAGAAGUUUCAAUACAGACUUUUUUGAUUGCUCAGAUUACAACUGUAAGAAGACUGAAGAGGAAAUGAGAGAAGAAACAAUUUUGGAAAAUACAUGUUCUCAGAAAGAAGAUGGAUGUUGGCAAGUUGGUUUGCUUUGGAAAAAAGACAAUCCUCACUUACCUGAAAGUCGGUCUGUUGCUUGGCGAAGAUUAAACUAUGUUGAUGAAAAAAUGAAUGAUAAUCCAAAACUUAGCGAACAAUAUCAUAAACAGAUAUUAAGCUACGCUGAAAAGGACUACGCAGAAAAGCUGAGCCCAGAUAAAGCUAACAACAGGAGUGAGAAGACAUGGUAUCUCCCUCACUUUUCCGUGAUCAACCCAAGGAAACCAGACAAGUUCCGGUUUGUGUUCGACGCAGCUUCGAAAGCUCACGGACAAAGCUUAAACAGUCAUCUACUUCCUGGGCCAAACUUGUUUAACAGUUUGAUUGGGAUUCUGUUUCAAUUUAGAAAACACAAGAUUGCGUUUGCAGCUGACAUAGAAGAAAUGUUUCUGAGAAUAAAAAUAAUAGCAGAAGAUCAAGAUGCACUACGCUUUCUCUGGAGAGGAGAAAAUAGAAAUCUUGAAGAAUGGUGUAUGACAUCUAUGAUUUUUGGAGCGGUGUGCUCACCUACUAGUGCCAUCUAUGUCAUGAGGAAAAAUGCUGAAAAAUAUGGAAAAGAAAACCAAGAAGCUUUGCAUGCCAUACAAGAACAGUUUUACAUGGAUGACUAUCUGGACAGCAGAGAAACUAUUGACGAAGCAGAAACUUUGGUAAAAGAUGUAGUAAAUAUCUGCCAGAAAGGAGGAUUCAACUUGAGGAAUGUCAUCAGUAAUUCAGAGGAACUAAUUAGUUCACUGCCCAAGUCAAAAUGGUCAAGCAAUUACUCGAAUGAAGAAUUGGGAUUAUCAGCCGAGGAUACAGAACGAGUUCUCGGACUGCACUGGAACUUUCGUGAAGAUGUCCUUGUCUUUAAAGUGAACUUCAUUAAAGUAAAGAAUGAAAUUGUACAAUUAAAGGAGUCACCAACGAAGCGACAGGUUCUGCAGGCUGUGAUGUCUAUUUACGAUCCAUUGGGAUUCAUUACUCCGAUUACGAUGAAAGGAAAAAUCCUUGUACAAAACCUGUGGAAGUUAAACAUUCAAUGGGAUGAAGUAAUACCAGCCAAAUUGGAGAAGUUGUGGGAAAACUGGAUGAAAGAUGUAAAGAAGUCAGAAAAAUUGAAAACACAACGUUGCUACAACCUAACUUCAAAUUGCUCCUUGCAGCUGCAUAUAUUUUGUGAUGCGUGUGAAAAAGGAUUUGGUUCAGUGGCAUAUUUCAGAGUGGAAAAAGGAGAUCAAGUUGAGGCUACAUUUGUACUAGUAAGAUUUGGCAAGAUGAUAACUGAUGAAAACCAAACAGGAGGACAUUUCGCCAAGGGCAUAGUGGAGGUGGUACACCCUGGGCGAGAUGGCCAAGUUGGAGGGGCGGACGUUCGAACAGCCACCGGAGUCUGGAGGAGACCUGUAACCAAACUGGUGAAGCUGAUGACCUGA